GACCUAUAGAGCUGAAAUAUUCUUCUAAAAAUCUUAAUUUGUUUUCUGAAGAAAGAAAGUCAAAGACAGAUGGCGUGAGGGUAAGUAAAUGAUAAAAGAUUUUUCAUUUUUGUGUGUAUUAUUUCUUUAAUUAGCACAUGGGGGGCCACAUUGUCCUCUUUUUGAGAUACCAUGUUCAACAUUGAUUUAGUUCUGGUAUCUUUUAAGCCUUGAAAUAGUUGUGUUCACAUUCUCAUGCAUGAUGCACAAUUUUCUGAAGUUUGUGACUGGUGGAAUAUUCUGCCUGAAGUGUUGCUCUGCAAAUGUUGAAACUUUUCUAUCUUUAUAAAGGCUAAGCAUAAUUACACAUUAUCUAUACUUUCCUGGUAAUUUAUUAUACCAAUUAACACACUCUCUACAUCAGGGGUCGGUAUUAUAAAAAAACGGUCAAUAUUAUUAAAAAAUAUUAUUAUUAAAAAUAUCCCUGUUUUAUUCUAUUAUAUUAGUACUUUUAAAGCUACUCAAGUUAUUUGGAGAAAAAAGUAGUGAGUGGUUUUCUCAUUUCCUUGUUAUCAUUGUUUGAUUAAUAGCAUAUGACAUAGCCUACUAGACAGUGCUCAAUUCGGUUUCAUGUACACUUCAAGUCCGACAAUGAUGCAAAAACACUUUUUGUACCACUGCAUGAAUUCACUUUAGACAUAAACGACUGCGUUUACAUUAAAUCCUCACCAAGAUGGGCACUGGCGGAAUUAUGUAGUGUAUUUGACCGUUAGGCAUGAAAUCCGCCUGUCAAUCAAACAGCACGCCAUGACAGAUAUCAGGAAAUAAACACCUAGAUAAUUUUAUUGCCCAGCCCUAUUGAUAACAUUGCAUUAAUCUCUCACAUCAGCCAAUAAUCUCAGUGAGAGAUAGUUAAAUUACAGCCUUCAUUAUAGACACACAAAAUCUAGUAUUGAGAAAUAUGAACUUUACCUCAAUGUUUCUUCCAAUUAGAGGCAGGAUUAAUGCUGAUAUCUGGCUCGAGCAAGAUAAACUCACAUGAAAUGUCCUUUCAUGUGCGGCCAGUUAUAUUCAGCUUUAAACUGUGUUUGAGGCAUUCUCCACAGUUGGCGCCAGAUCUGCAGCUGCCGUUCAAGUUUUUUACGUGUGAUUUGAUUUGACGGGAGUCACAAGACUCGUCCUAGCCAAUCAUGUUGAUAGAUAAAAAUAAAAUCAGGACAGUGAAUUAGCAAACACAGACGGUGGGAAAAUAGUGCAAUACAAUUACAGUUACAGCACUUAAAAUAUUACAAAUUUCAUGUUCAUGUUGAGCAGUUAAAACUGAUCUUCUGCCACCACUAUAGGGCAGACUCUCAAUCCUAGACAGAAAAUACAGCACUGUAAAGUCAAUGUAUUCUACAUAAUUUCUGAGACAUGGAGGUUCUGAGUCUUGUAGGUUGUAAAAAUAUGAGACAUUUAAAUGGAUUAAUAUACUGUAUACUGCAUGUGGUGCAUGACAGUUUUGGGAAGGUCUAGUAUGGCAUGUUGUCAAACUUGUUCUGACAAUAUGCAUGAAAAGAAACAAAAUUAUUCAAAACUGCACUUGGCAGGCAACAUGGAAACAGAACACUCAGAAAGUAGAUUGUUGGAACUUGUGAUUUAUUUUUAGACGGUUUAGUUAGACUGUUUAUUGAAAGUUUCCUGACACGCUACCUGAUAUGAAUCUAUUAACAUCACCAGGAAGUUUAACAUUUAUUUGACUACUCGCACUAGCGAAAAGAGACUACAAAAAUAAGCCUAUGCAUGCAGAUUACAUGCUGUAUUGGUUUUGGGCAUGGCUCCUAGGUGUUUUUAAUAAUUAAUUAAAUAUGACAGCAUAUUGUCUGCUUAUCUGAGGUCUGCUUUGAGACUUUUGAGGCAUGAAUGACUACCUUUAAGCGAUGACAGAGACCUGGUUCAGUGCUUUGCUGCUUAGUGUCACAAGCCUCGUCUUAUUACAAGCGGAUGAAUGCAUAGUAGGAGUGAUUGGGGAGAAUGCCCUCCUUCCUUGUGUCUAUAAUGGGGUGAAAAAUUUGACCUCCCUGCACAUCUCAUAUGAAUGGAAAAAAGGGAUGGAUGUAAUACACUCCUCAGUCUGGACAGAGGGCCAGAUGGAAAUGCAAAAUGUUUCCCACAGUAUCCGGACCACAGUGUCAUCUUUGGCCCCAAAGACUGGAGACUUCUCCGUGGAGUUACAAGAUAUACAUUUAUCAGACACACAUAAUUACAGUUUUCAUCUGAAGCUUGAUGGGCAAGAUAGCAGUCAUCCGAUCUGCACCGUCUGCCUCAAUGUAGGAGUUGGUUUUAGGUCAAGUGCAGAAGUGGGACGGUUGUCAGAGGCCAUGUGGAUGUUCAGCACGGCUCUUUGUGUGGUUGUAUUCUUGCUGGUAGCUUUGUCUCUAGGUUUCCAAUGUAAAUGGGAUCGAGAUAGAAGGAGAGAGCGUCAUAGAUGUGGAGUCGAUUCAUCUAGUGAGGGAACUGAGAUGAUUGUGAUGGAUAUGGAGCAAUGGACUUCCCUUCCAGAAACAGAUGUGUAACAUUAUCUGGAAAUGCAUUUUUGGUUGAUGCUACUGACUGUCAUACAUCUCAUUAACACUAAGAACUACUGAAUUGAUUCAUUGUUGCAUUUCAGAGGAUGAAUCAGCCAGAGGGAAAAUUAUACUGUCAGAAAUGUGAAUAAAUGUAUAAAGGGACUGCUACAGGACAAACAUUAUUUGUUGCCUUUGGUUAAACCUAUUCAUCUGUGCCCCCUUUUUCUAGCACAAGCCUUAAAGGACAUACUCAAAAUAAAUUGGCCGUAGUUCAUCCCCACAUUGUAUUACAGGCAUAAUUUUGGUCUCUUUUGAAAGGAAACACUUUGAAGUUUGAGAAGUUUGUUGUUAAAAACUAAAAAUCAAUAAAAGU